GGCAUUUCACUCCACAAAAUAUUCUCACCUGAUUGCGACUUCACCCCGAAUCGCACUCGUUCAGCUUCUUCCCCUUUUCACCUUUUCCCCUCUUUUUUUCUCUAUCUCCUCCUUAAUCUUUUGAUAAUUUUGCUUUAGCUCAGAUUUUCUUCUCAUCACUGUCACUCCCAAAUCCGCCAUUUUCGUGAUUUUUUUUUUUACACGAACCCUAAAAAAUCGCACAUUUUUUUUGAUUGUCGGUGACUUUCGAGUUUGCAACAAUGGCGGAUAUCAUCAGGUUUCUCUAUUAUUGACUAUUGAAAUGGUUAGCAAGCCUUAUACAUCAAGGCAUGAUUUGUACAUUUUAACUCUUUAUAGCCUCCGCAAUGCAAUUAGCUUCGAAUGGCAGCCGUGGAGAAGAUAGUUCGGAAACAGAACCAAUCUUGUCCGAGUCCCAUAUAGUUGAAGAGUGUCAGGAACAUUCUCUUUUUGAAAUUAGAACUGUUGUUGGGGAUUCUUUGGUCGUGACAGAUGUUGAUGCUGACGAGAACUGCAAUCUAGUGAACUCAGAACAAGCACAAUGCCGGAUAUGCCUUGAAAAUGGAGGAGAAGAUUUAAUUGCUCCUUGUCAUUGCAAAGGCACUCAGAAGUAUGUCCAUAGAUCGUGCCUUGACAAUUGGAGGUCCACGAAGGAGGGCUUUGCUUUUGCUCAUUGCACAGAAUGCCGGGCAAGGUUCUUAUUGCGAGCAAAUGUCCCAUCCGAUCGCUGGUGGUUGAGAUUGAAGUUUCAGUUCCUUGUUGCGAGAGACCACGCGUUCAUUUUCAUAGUUGUCCAGCUGAUCGUGGCCAUGUUAGGCGUUCUGGUUUACAGAUUCUAUGGCGAAGAACUACGCGAAAUGUUUGGUUAUCAAGAACACCCAUAUGGGUUUUAUAUUAUGGCUGUUUUGGCCAUUAUUCUCGUUGGCUUGCUCUAUGGUUUCUUCAUAGCGAUUAUAUGUGGACAGAGGAUCAACGAACGCCACUAUCAUGUUCUUGCAAAACAAGAAUUGACAAAGGAGUACAUAGUGGAAGACCGUGAGAGUAAAGAGGUUCCUGAACUUGACCCUAACCACAUAGCAGAGCUGAGAAUGUUGGGCCUCUACUGAAAGAAACAUAUUUUCUCGUGGCAUUCUUGUAGGUCCGACCUUGGGUCAGUCAGCGCUAUCCAAGAUUUGGAGACGGCACUUUUGUCAGUGCAGUGCUGUGCUAUCCAAGAUUUGAGACGGCAUGUGAGAACUUCUUUGACAUACAGAAAUGCAUAUAUAUGUGAUAGAGAUACGAUUUGCAGAACUUCUAAUAUGUUGUAAAGUUUAUAGGCAUUUAGGUUUUGGCCCGUCUUCCAUCUUUGCAUGCCUUUGUCGUGGUUGAAUAACUCAACCUUGUGCAAUCCAAAAGGUUAUCUUGAUUCCCAGUUUUUGUUGCUUUCUCGUGUGAAUAUAAUGCAUUUGUAAAGAGGCUGUAUAAUUUCUCAACUGGGCUUAGUUGUUUAGCAGGAACAACUGAUGAAUGGAUUUAACCUGGACAGAUCUAGGAAGCCACAAUAUGUUAGCUGAGAGGUUCAGAACUGAUGUAAAGUUGGUCAAAAUUUGUUGCAUCAUUCACUGAAUGCUAGUUUUUCACCAUUACCAAUUAUUGUAUCGCGUUUUGUUUUCUA